AUGGCGCCGCCACCGCAUAGCAAGCCUGAGAACACUCUCAAACGCGCCCAGGAGCUCAUCGGCGUGAACCAGCAACAGGCUGCGCUGCAGCUGCUGCACGAGCAUGUCACCUCCAAGCGCACCCGCAACAGCCCAAUCGCCUCGCUCGAGCCCGUCAUGAUCCUCUUCGUCGAGCUCUGCGUCGAUCUGCGCAAGGGCAAGCUCGCCAAGGACGGCCUGUACCAGUACAAGAACACGGCCCAGAACACCAACGUGGGCACCAUUGAGCUCGUCUUCAAGAAGUUCAUCGAGCUCGCCGAGGGCAAGGUCACCGAGGCCCAGGCCAAGGCCGACGAGGCGCACUCGUCCGUCGAGGGCGCCGAGGGUGACGCGAAGAACAUUGAGGAUCUGGAGGCCUCUGAGACGCCCGAGUCCAUCCUGCUCUCCACCGUCUCCGGCGAGCAGUCCCGUGACCGCACCGACCGCGCCAUCGUCACCCCAUGGCUGAAGUUCUUGUGGGAGACGUACCGCACCGUGCUCGACAUCUUCAAGAACAACGCCCGUCUGGAGCUCAUGUACCAGUCGACCGCCCACCAGGCCUUCCAGUUCUGCUCCAAGUACGCCCGCAAGACCGAGUUCCGCCGUCUCUGCGAGCUGCUCCGCAACCACUUGCAGAAUGCCGCCAAGUUCUCCUCCCAGAUGCACGCCAUCAACCUGUCCGACCCCGACACUCUCCAGCGCCACCUCGACACCCGUUUCCAGCAGCUCAACGUUGCUGUCGAGCUUGAGCUGUGGCAGGAGGCUUUCAGGAGCGUCGAGGACAUCCACACCUUGCUCAGCUUGAGCAAGCGCCCUGCGAAGAACGUCAUGAUGGCCAACUACUUUGAGAAGCUCACCCGUAUCUUCUUGGUCAGCGAGAACUACCUCUUCCAUGCCGCAGCAUGGAGCCGUUACUACAACCUCCUUCGCCAGUCUGCUGCCGCUGUUGCCUCCGGCCAGGGCCUGAAGAAGGACAACCCAGCCGUCACUGAGGCCGAUAUGACCAAGGCUGCUUCUUUCGUCCUUCUCUCCGCGCUCUCGAUCCCCGUCAUCAGCACAUCUCGCUCUCGUGGUGCCUUGGUCGACGCUGAUGCGGCGAGGAACAACAAGAACUCUCGUCUCACCAACUUGCUCGGCAUGAACCAGGCACCUACUCGUGCUAUCCUGUUCAAGGAUGCUCUCAGCAAGGGUCUGCUCAAGCGCGCUCGUCCUGAAAUCCGCGAUCUCUACAACAUCCUCGAGGUCGACUUCCACCCUCUGUCCAUCUGCAAGAAGAUUUCCCCCAUUCUUGCUCAGAUUGGCGCUGAUGAGGAGAUGAAGAAGUACGUUGGCCCGCUGCAGCAGGUCAUCCUUACCCGUCUCUUCCAGCAGCUGUCCCAGGUCUACGACUCGGUCCAGAUCAAGUUCGUUCUCGACCUUGCCCAGUUCCCUGAGCCUUUCGGUGUCAGCAAGGCUACCAUCGAGAAGUUCAUCAUGAACGGCUGCAAGAAGGGUGACCUCGCCAUUCGCAUUGACCAUGCCGCCGGUGUUCUCACCUUUGACUCUGAUGUCUUCUCUGCUGCGAAGGCCAUGCACCCCGGAUCUGGUGCUGGCUCAUCUGAGACUGAGACCCGCUCCGUCCAGCGCCUGCAGAGCACACCUGCUGAAAUUGUUCGUUCUCAGCUCACUCGCCUUGCCAAGUCGCUUUUCGUCACAUGCCAAUACGUUGACCCCUCGUUCAACGCUGAGCGUAUCAGGGAGAAGGAAGCUGCUCUCGCCCGCGCCAAGGAGGGUGCCGAGCAGGAGCACCAGGAGACUCUUGCUCGCCGCGACAUCAUCUCUCAGAAGAAGGAGGCUGCCGCUAAGGCUCUCCAGGCCAAGGAGACCGAGGAGCAGACAAAGAGGGCCCUUCGCCAGCAGCAACUCAAGGAAGAGGAGGCUCGCCGUCUCGCCGAAGAGCAGCGCCAGCGCGCUGAACAGCGCAUCAAGGCCGAGCAACAGCGAAUUCAGCGCGAAGAGAUUGAGAAGCAGCUCAAGGAGCUUAAGGCCACUACCAAGGUCGACAUCGACCUGCCUGAGAACAUUGAGGACCUCGACUCGACAAGAAUCCGUAUUCUCAAGCUUCAAGCUCUCGAGAAGGAGAAGAGCCUGCUUGGCGAGACGCUGCGCAUCACUGGCAAGCGCAUCGAUCACUUGGAGCGUGCUUACCGUAAGGAGGAGAUCAAGCACCUCCGAGAGGACUACGAGAAGCAGAUGAAGGCUGACGAGGAAGCUUACGAGAAGGCCAAGAUUGAAGAGCUGAAGGAUGCUGAGGAGAAGCACAAGGAGGAUGUUGCUCUCAAGCACCGUCUGUCCCGUCUCGUACCCGUCUACGCCGACUUCGUCACCACUGUGAAGCAGAACCGCAAGGCUGAGUUCGAGAAGCGCUCAAAGGCCGCGCAGAAGGAGCUCGAGGCUAAGAAGGCCGCUCGCGUCAAGGAAGUCAAGGAGAGGAUCGCUAGGGAGAAGCGUGAGCGCGAAGAGGCCGAGCGCAGACAGCGUGAGGAGGAGGAGCGCGAAGCUGCUGAGGCUGAGGCCAAGGCUGCCGAAGAGGAGAUUAAGCGCGCCAAGAUGGUCGAGGAGAAGGCCAGGCGCGACGAGGAGCGCAAGGCCCUCGACGAGAAGGCACGCGUCCAGCGCGAGAAGGAAGAGGCAGCAGAAGCCAAGAUUGCGGCCCAGAGACAAGGUGGUUUCCGCUCCCAGGUGCCCGACCGAACAGUCUCCCGUGGCGCACCCGCUGCCGCGGAGCCGGAGAGCCGUGGACCUCCCCGUCUCGCCCUUGCUGGCGGCAAGCCCUCAUGGCGUGACCGCAUGGCUGCGAAGGACGCUGACGAGGGUGCUCCCGCCGCUCCUGAUGCCCAACCCACUCCUUCCGUUGCACCUGUUGCUGCUGCUGCUGCUGCUGCUGCUGCUCCCGCUGCCGAGGCACCCGCUCAGCGCAGUGGUUACGUCCCUCCUCACCUUCGUGGCGCCGGCGGCGCUGCUCCUGGUGGUGGAUGGAGAGAGCGUGAGACUGCGGCACGCGACACACCUCCCCGUGCCGAGUCUGGCUCUCCCGCUGCUGGUGGCCGUUUCGAGGCGCCUCGCCGCGGGUUCGGUGAGGAGCGCAAGGCAUCUCCCGCCACUGGUGGCCGAUGGGAACCUCCUGCGCGCCGUGGACCUCCUGCCGGUGAGCGUGAGCCCGAGGCGCGUCCUCCUCCGGCCGCUGGUGGUGAUGGCAAAUACGUACCGCGCUUUAGGCGUGGUGAGCAGUAG